GCGCAGACACGAAUUUAACCGACUACUUUAUCCAGCUUAAUUUAUCUCUUCCCUACUUUACCCUUCGCGAUGAAAACAGCCUCAUGAUAUACCAUUACCGAGCCUGGCAGAUGCGCCUCUUCAUAUACUUAGGCCAACACACAAUAGGUUCACGAAUGGGAUAAAAGAAACAUGUAUCACGGCAUCAAUCACAACGUAACCUCUUUUUGAUGUUUACUUUCUGUUUUAUUGUUGGUAAAAAAUAUGCAAUUUUUAUAAAUGCAUAAAAGUAGAAAUGAAGGCAAAGAACUCAUUUGUAUACAAUAAUUUUAUGUGUCGAGAAUAUGAUUUAUUUCCUGAAUUUUUGUUCCAAAAAAAUUCUACAAAACACAUUACGUGACAAGUGUAUGUUACAAUUUAAUCGUAGUAUUAAAAGAAAUGAAGCUAUUAUUUUGGGCAUUGAGACUAGCUGCGAUGAUACUGCGGUUGGAAUCGUCAAUUCUGAAGGAAAAAUUUUAGGAUAUGCUCAUCGUUCACAGGAGUUAUUGCAUAUAAAAUAUGGUGGUAUUAUACCAAUAGUAGCGCAAGAAUUGCAUAGAAAGUGUAUUACAGAGUUAUGUGAAAAUACUUUAAAGUCAGGAAAUUUAAAAUUACGUGAUAUUACUGCUAUAGCAACUACUGUAAAGCCUGGUCUUCCAUUGUCACUAUAUGUUGGACUUAAUUUUGGAGUGCGCCUAUCGGAAGUAGGAAAAAAACCUUUCAUUCCAAUACAUCACAUGGAAGCUCAUGCACUAGUUGCUCGAAUGACUCAACAGGUGGAUUUUCCUUAUCUUGUACUUCUUAUAUCUGGAGGACAUUGUUUAAUAGCAAUUGUGGAAAAUGUGACUACUUUUCGUUUAUUAGGGCACUCAAUUGAUACAGCUCCCGGAGAGGCAUUUGACAAGAUUGCUCGCAGAUUAAAGUUGAAAAAUAUGCCAGAUUUUAAAAAUUGUAGUAGUGGUGCGGCAUUAGAAAUUGCUGCCAGUCGAGCCGACAUUUCUUCGAAAUUUUCUUUCCAAGAGCCUUUAACUCAUUAUAGAGACUGUAAUUUUAGCUUUGCGGGUACAAAAUCUUCAGCUUACAACCAAAUAUUGAGUUAUGAAAAAGAUUUUGACAUAACAGGAGAUAAAAUUAUUCCGGAUGUUUACAAUUUCUGUGCCAGUUUUCAGUUGGCUAUAACAAGACAUUUAUGUCAUCGAACUCAAAGAGCCAUAGAAUUUAUUGAUAAACUUAAUUUAAUACCUAAAGAUCGACGAAUAUUGGUUGUAUCUGGAGGAGUAGCAUGUAAUAAUUUCAUUUUUAAAUCUUUAAAUACUAUUUGUUCUGAAUUGGGUUUUAAAUGCAUCAGACCUCCUCCUAACUUAUGUACAGAUAAUGGAUUAAUGAUUGCGUGGAAUGGAAUAGAACGUUGGAAGGAGAGUCAAGGUGUUCUUCAUAAACAACAUGAUAUUGCAAAAGUGGACGUGAAUCACAAAUCUUCAUUAGGCACAGAUUGGACAAAUAAAAUACAGGAAGAAAGUAUAAAAUGUAAAUGGAUAAAAAUAAAGGAUCAUUGAUUAUAUA